UCUCUGUGUCUGUGCCUCUCUGUUCAGUGAGUCAGUACUCACUACUCAGUUUGCUUGCUUUCUCUUUUUGCUGAGUUUCCUACCCUUUUGUUUUUCCUCCUUUCACCUUUCUCAGUCUCCAACAACAACAGGGGAAGACCAAUCUAUUUCCCCGUCUCUCUGUCUGUCCAGUCAUUCAUUUGUUCCCAAAAGCACACCAUUUCCGCAGCGCCAGUGUGAGAGAGAGAGAGAUCCAACAGACAUGGGUUGAGUGAGGACUUGCGCAUGUGUGUCUGUCUUUGGGUUUGACCAAGUGAUGUAGCUGAGAAGACAAGAGAAACCCUCUGGUUUAGGUCUGGUCUGGUCCAAAGAGAUCAAGAGUGGCAAACCCUGUAACUGGAUUGGUCUGUUGAGCUCAGUUCGUUGAGGGCUCGAGAAAUGGCGACAAUGGUGCAUGCUGAUUCAAGACGGAUGUACUCGUGGUGGUGGGACAGCCACAUUAGCCCGAAGAAUUCCAAAUGGCUUCAGGAAAAUCUUUCAGACAUGGAUGAGAAGAUAAAGCAGAUGCUUAAGCUCAUAGAAGAAGAUGCAGACUCCUUUGCUCGGAGGGCAGAGAUGUACUACAAGAAAAGGCCCGACCUCCUGAAGUUGGUCGAGGAAUUUUACCGAGCUUACCGUGCACUUGCAGAGAGAUAUGACCAUGCCACGGGAGUUCUACGCCAGGCUCACCGUAGCAUGGCUGAAGCCUUCCCAAAUCAAGUCCCUCCCGUUUUAGACGAUCCAAAUUUACCUGUGAUUUCUUCUGAUCAUGAAGAUACAUCAGGUGAUACUAAGGAGUUGGAUAAAGAUUUUGUGGGGCAGUUUCUGAGGAAACAACUAGUCAACUUAGAGGCCGAGAAGGAAGUAAGUCUUCUCCAGUACCAACAAUGUCUGGUCAAGAUGAGUGCAAUGGAAAAAGAUGCUGAACAUGCUCGAGAGGAGGCUCAAACACAAAAACAAGAGCUCAUUAGGGUGGAAGAGGAAAAGGAAGAAGUGAUGGGUCAGUAUAAGAAGUCACUGAAGACGAUAUCAAGCCUUCAGGAGAAGCUAGCAGAUGUUGACAAGCUUAUUAUGGAGGUUUCUGAGCAGUCCGAUGGAGUUGAAAUGGAGCAGCAAAUACUGAAACAGGAGUUGGAGAAAACGGCUGAGGAGAAGGAAUCUGCUUCGCUUGAGUGCAGUCAAUUGUCAACAAAAGUUGCGGCGAUCAAAACUUUGAAGGAGAAUAUGAGAGUUCAAAGUGAGGAACUUACCCAGAAGAAUAAGGAGAUUGGGAGGCUGUGGAGUUGUGUACAAGAGGAGCGCCUAAAGUCCACGGAGGUUGAAAGUGCCCUUCAGGACCUGCAGAAUCUUCACUUUCAAGCGCAGGAGGAGAUGAGGGUUUUGAAAAGUUGUAAUCAGGAUUUGCAAGAACGAAUCAAGAAGGCCGACAAGGAGAAUAAGCAUUUGAAGGAGCUGAACUCAUCCUCAUCUUCGUUGGUAGACAGCUUGAGAGGAGAAACUGUUAGCCUGAGGGAGAUAAUUCGGAAACUAGAGAAGGAGGUUGAGGUUCAGGUGGAGGAGCAGAAUGCUCUUCAUCAGGAAAUAUACAUCUUCAAGGAGAAAAUGAACAUGAUAAAGGAGAAGUAUCAGCUCGUGAUGGAACAGGUGGAAUCUGUUGGUCUCGAUCCCGAGAGUGUAAGAUCAUAUGUGAAGAAGCUGCAAGAUGAGAAAUCAAAAUUGAGAGAGUUCUGUGAUCGGAAAUUGAGGGAAAAUACAACUCUUCUCGAGAAGAAUGCCCUACUGGAGAAUUCUGUUUCAGGGUUGAAGUCGGAGCUAGAAGAGGUUAAACAGAAGUUGCAGGAUGAGAAAUCAAUGUUGAAGGAAUUCUGUGACCAGCAAUUGAGGGAAAAUGCAGCUCUUCUUGAGAAGAAUGCCCUACUGGAGAUUACUGUUUCAGGUUUGAAGUUGGAAAUGGAAAAGGGUAAGCGGAAGCUGCAGGAUGAGAAAUUGAUGUUGAGAGAACUCUGUGACCAGAAAUUGGGGGAAAAUGCGACUCUUCUUGAGAAGAAUGCCCUCCUGGAGAUUUCUGUUUUGGGUUUGAAGUCAGAUUUGGAAGAACUCAAACAGAAGCUGCAGGAUGAGAAAUUGAAGUUGAGGGACUCCCAUGACAAGAAUAUGAGGGAAAAUGCAAAUCUUCUCGAGAAAAAUGCCUUCCUGGAGGGUUCCGUUUGUAGUUUGAACUCAGAGUUGGAAGGGGUUAAACAGAAGCUGCAGGAUGAGAAAUUGAAGUUGAGGGAAUUAUGUGACAGGAAUACGAGAGAAAAUGCUGAUCUUCUUGAGAAGAAUGCCCUCCUGGAGGAUUCCGUUUCUGGUUUGAACUCAGAGUUGGAAGAGGUUAAACAGAAGCUGCAGAAUGAGAGGACAAAGUUUAGGGAAUCGGGUGACGAGAAUAUGAGAAAAAAUGCAGCUUUGCUCGAGAAAAAUGCCCUCCUGGAGGAUUCUCUUUAUGGUUUGAACUCACAGUUGGAAAAGGUUACACAGAAGCUCCAGAACGAAAGGACGAAAUUUAGGGAAUCAACUGAUGAGAAUAUGAGGAAAAAUGCAGCUCUGCUCGAGAAGAAUGCCCUCCUGGAGGAUUCUCUUUCUGGUUUGAACUCACAGUUGGAAGAGGUUAAACAGAAGCUGCAGGAUGAGAGAACGACGUUUAGGGAAUCCAGUGACGAGAAUAUGUGGAAAAAUGCAGCUCUGCUCGAGAAGAAUGCCCUCUUGGAGAAUUCUGUUUCUGAUUUAAAUAAAGAGUUGGAAGAUGUUAAACAGAACCUGCAGGAUGAGAGCAUGAAGUUUAGGGAGUACAUUGAUGAGAAUAUGAGGGACAAUGCAGCUCUGCUCGAGAAGAAUGCCCUCUUGGAGUAUUCUGUUUCCUAUUUGAACAAAGAGUUGGAAGAGGUUAAACAAAAGCUCAAGGUGUCGGAAGAAUCUCAGGCCUCUUUGACGUGUCAGUUACAAGUUGCCACCAAGAACUCAGAGAGGCUCAAGAAGAAAAGUGAUGCUUCGCAGAAUUCCCUAUCCGAUGCCAAUGCGGAGAUUGAACGAUUGAGGAUCAUGCUGAAGAGAUCAGAAGAGUCGUGGCUCUUGCUUCUUAACGAGAAGUUGGGCCUUAUAACUGAAAAGGAGAGUCUCUCCUACCAGUUUGAAACGACCAAAAGGAGGCUCGAGGAGUCCCUCUCAAGGUGCGAAGAUCUAGAGAGAAAAUGCUUGUCUUUUGAUAGAGAGAGAGAAGAGAAUUCCAUUUCUGCUGAGUUGUUUAAAACCCGAAUGGCUGCUCUUGAGAGUCAGGUCCUCCUCUUACAGCAAGAGGCUUUGAGCAGGAAUCGAGAAUUUAAGGAGGAGCUGGACAAGGCUCUGAAAAGCCACUUUGAGAUCUUCAUUCUCAAGAACUGUGUACAAGAUCUCGAAGAGAAGAACUCAUCACUCUCAUUCGAGUGUCAGAAGCUGACGAAGGCCUGUGAGUCCUCUGAGAGACAGAGAUUCGUUGUCGAGAAGAGUACGUCCCAAAAGGUUCAGGAGAUGCAUAAUUAUCUUUCCGGACUUCUGGACGAAAAUUUUCAGCUUCUUGUUGAGAAGUCAGUCCUCAGUGCAGCCAUCAAAGAAAUUCAACAAGAGGCAGUGAUAAUUGCGACAGAAAGAGAUACCCUUUACGAGGAUCUGAAGGUUCAGACUGAGAGAUAUGUAUUAUCACAGAAUAGGCUGCACAAAGAAACUAGGGAAGGUAAAAUUAGAGAGCAAAAACUGGUCAGUGAUCUGCUAAAGAGAAGGCAUGAAGUGGAGCUGUGGGAAGCACAUGCUACAGAUUUACUUUGCGAGAUGAUGAUCUCGAAUUUCCGGGAAGCUUUGCUCAAGGAGAAUGUUCAUGGGUUUACUCAGUCCAAGGCCAAAGAGAGUGAAAUGCUCGGAGAGAGAAUUAGAAUUCUCGAAGAAGAAAAUCUUCAUUUAACGUCUAAGCUUGAGGGUCACACGUCAGCCGAAGUUUCAUUGAAUGGUUGCGGAGCACCAUUGGAGAAUUGUGCAAGCCUUCACAACGAGCACCUUAGAGCCAAUAGUGAAGAAAUUCAGGACAUCAAAUUGAUCACUCACUUGCAGUCAACCAGCCCCAUUGAUGAGGGUGUUCAUCAUACUGAGAGAGGAAUCAUACCCGAAAAUUCAAGUUCUAGCGCCAAAUCAGAAGAUGGGAUGAGACAGACUGAGGGGUUAAGGUACAAGCGCCACAACUCACAUCGAGGAUCUGAUCCCAAAACCCGACAUGUCUCUCGAAGAAAGGAAGUUAUGAAACAUAACAGGCUUGGGAAGAAACCAGUCCAACACCCGGUUCACCCCGAGUCUGAGGUUUUGACAAAGGACAUUGUGCUUGAUCAGAUGUCUGAGUGUUCUAACUUCGGACCAACUCGAUGGGAAACUGUUAUUGGAUCUGAUGAGAGGAUGCUUGAACUGUGGGAAACUACUGAUCACAGUGGAAGCAUUGAUCUGAGGGUAGGGAUAUCUCGGAAGGCAGUUCAUCCUUCUCGAGAAUCUUUCUCCGGGAAGGAGCUUGAGGUCGAUAAACAGGAGCUGUCUGAGAAGAGCUCCACUGAGCCUCAUCCAGGAGGGAGGAACCUGAGGAGGGCCCUAGAAAGACUCAACGGAGAUGCUCAGAAGCUGACUAAUUUGCAGAUAACCGUGCAGGACUUGAAGAGGAAGGUGGAGGUCACUGAGAGGAGCGGGACGGGAAGAGCAGCGGAAUACAGGGCGGUGAGGGAGCAGCUGGAAGAAGCUGAGGUGGUGGUCCUGAACUUCUUUGAUGUGAAUCAUAAGCUCACGAAGAGCGCUCAAAAAGGUUUCUUGUCGAGAUCAAUUGGUGCAGAGACAAAUGAUGAUGAUCGUGGAAGUGGGGUCAGGAGGAGGAUUUCAGAGCAGGCUCGUAGAGGGUCUGAGAAGAUUGCAAAGCUUCAGAUGGAAGUUCAGAAGAUACAGUUUCUUCUGUUGAAGCUCGAUGACGAGGUCGAGAAGGAGAGCAGGGCAGAGUUGAGAACAGCCCGGUUGUCUGAUAGGAAGACAAGGGUCUUGUUGAAGGAUUUCCUGCAUGUUCGGGUGAGGACCAAUCUGAAGAGGAAGAAGGGGCAGUUCUGUGCUUGUGUACAGCUCCCGACCCGAGCAAAGUGAGGAUUCCUCUUGAGGAUUAGUAGCUUAACUGUAGUGUCACUUCUAUUAUGGUCGGCAACUAGUCAAAUAAUCUCAAUAGGGAGGACAGGAUUAUUAUUAUUAUUAUUAUUAAGAUCCUAAUUGCUGUACAUCCCAGGCACUAACCGAUAAAAGUUGCUGCUCUUUGUCUAGUAAUUUUAUUUCAUUCAGCAAGUUUCAGACUGAUAUCAGAAAGCAAAGAAAGCGUUAUUUCACGAUCA